CUUGACCCAACCCAGGCAAGCCCUCCCCUUCUACUUCUCCCUCUGCUUCAAGGAAGAAGAAGAAACCACGAGCAGCAGCCAGCAGCACAGGGGAAGUGAAGACGAUCGAACGCGGCCCGCCGCGCAUCGCAUCGCCUCGCCGCCGCCGCACAGAGCAUACACUACCGACUGACUUUGUUGAAGCUACGAAAUAAAUAAAUCAUCACACCAGCCUCUUGUGCCUUGCCCAUGGAUUCUGACGAGGCACCUGAACCUGAACGGAUUCACGCAACUGGAGCAGGCUCAAAUGUUGGAGACGAGCAGUUCGUGUGGCCCUGGAUGGGCGUGCUGCUCAAUGUGCCUACUGAGUGGAUGGGUGGGUGGAAAGAUGGGGGGAUGCGGCGAGGUGGGAUCCUGAAGGAGCGGCUCUUGCGCUUCUGCCCGCACAUGGUCAUCCCUCUGGGCGACCAAUUCGGCCACCACACUGGGAUUGCCAUUGUGUUGUUUGGACAAGACUAUGCUUGUCUCGGCAAAGCCUUGGACUUUGAGAACCACUUCGAGGCACAAGGGCGUGGCAAACGGGGCUGGGAGGCGCACACCUUCCGACCACUGCCAGGGGAGAUAUUCGGAUGGGUUGCCCUGGCUGAUGAUUGGAGGACUGCAGGGCUCACUGGGGAGUUCCUGCGAAGCCAUGGUGGUCUGAAAACUAUUGCACAACUGGAGUCCAAGAUGCAAUCUGAGAUGCAGAAGCUUGCUCUGCUGCUUAGCACAAGGAAGAAUCUUGACAAGGAGAAGAAAAUGCAGAAACCGGAUGCCACAGGGAACCUUGAGUUUGAAAUAAAGCAGCUGAAGGGACAGUUGGAAGUGAUGAAGCAGAAAGACUCUGAAUCAAAGAGGAAAAUAGAUGAACUUAAUAAGGAGCUACAAGAGAAGGAUGAUAAAAUAGAAUACAUGGAAUCAAUCCAUGGGAUUCUGGUUACGAAGGACCUGAAGAGCAAUGAUGAGUUGCAAGAUGCUUGGAAGAAGCUAAUAAAGGGCUUGGGGGAUGUUACAAGUUGCCGGACAAAUGUCGGCAUUAAAAGAAUGGGUGAUCUUGAUUCACGUUCAUUUGCCAAUGCUUGCAAACAUAAGAUGUCAGAAAUUGAGGCUACCAUUCUUUGUUCAGAGUGGGAGGAUGAGAUUAAAAAUCCACAGUGGCACCCUUUUAAAGUUGUCCCUGAUGACGGCAAAGGCAAACAGAAGCUAAUUCUUCUCGAGGACGAUGAGAAGCUGGGAAAACUGAAAGAAAAGUGUGGCGAAGACGCGUACGCGUUGGUGGUCGGUGCUCUGCGUGAUAUCAAUGAGUAUAACCCUAGCGGCCGAACCACCGUGCCUGUGCUGUGGAACAACAAGGAGGAUAGGAAAGCGACCUUGGGGGACGGCAUCGGGUACCUCCUCCAGCGGUGCGGCCUUAAGAGGAAACGCUGAGCAUGGUGACAUAUCCCAGUAGUUUAAAAACUAGAGCUGACUCAUCCAUAUCGUCACCAACAUUGCUUGGCAUUGACAUGAAUGCCGCUAAUAGGAGGCUGUGAACUGGCUAUCUUUUGGGAUCCCUGCCGUGGCACUUGAUCUGAGAUUGUGAACUGCCCUCUUAGGACCAUGUAUGUAUGUAUUUUGUUCAGUGUACGUUAUGUGAUAUGGAUGAAUGGCGACUAGCUUAUUGAUUUAAGUUACGUGACAUGGAUGAAUGAUGACUAGCUUUUCGAUUUAAAUUAUGUGAUAUA